GCUGCGCACAUCAGGUUCACGUUCAGUGUUUCUCGUUUCAUGCAUAUUUCGUGGAGGGUGUAUUACCCCCUGGACAUGUGGAUAGUGUAGUGCGCGACGGAAGAAACAACAACAACAUACAAAAAAAAAAUACAUCAACUCCAACAAAAGUGAAUACAAUAUUUUUGUAACUAGUGAUCUGUGAUAUACGUAUAUAUAUAUAUUUAGACUGCAAUUAGUGCUGCGAUGGCUGCGUACGCUCAAUUUAGUUACACUUAUCCGACGGCCACUCAGCUGCUAGUGUCUGGACAACCGACCACGACGAACGCAGGAUCUUCUCCGGCCUCGGGCGGCGGAUCGUUGAGUCCCGGUGGAUCAGCAGGAGUUCCGGGUGCUUUAUCGCCUGGAGGAACAUCGAGUUCGGGUCCAACUCAGUGCUGCGAAUCCGGAAGACCUCUGGUCACAGACCCGGUGACGGGUCAAAGCGUCUGCUCCUGCCAAUACGAUUCGGCUCGUCUCGCCGCCCUCCAAUACCCAAGAAGCGUCGGCGUCUACGGCACCCCAUACCCAUCCACAGAUCAGAACCCGUACCCGAGCAUAGGCGUCGAGAGUUCAGCCUUCUAUUCCCCUCUGAGCAAUCCAUACGUGCUGAAGGAUGCCGGAGGAGCGGCAGCCGAUAUGUCGGCGUGGACGAGCGCCGGACUUCAACCAACCACAGGGUAUUACCCAUACGAUCCAGCGCUUGCUGCCUACGGGUACGGAGCUGGUUACGAUCUGGCUGCGAGACGCAAGAACGCGACGCGCGAAUCGACGGCGACGCUGAAGGCAUGGUUGAACGAGCACAAGAAGAAUCCGUAUCCGACCAAAGGGGAGAAGAUCAUGUUGGCCAUCAUCACCAAGAUGACGCUGACGCAAGUUUCGACGUGGUUCGCAAAUGCCAGGCGGAGAUUGAAGAAGGAGAACAAGAUGACCUGGGAACCGAAGAACAAGACGGACGACGAUGACGACGCGCUCGUCUCAGACGGCGACGACAAGGACAAGGACGACGACGACAAACGGGACGAUACAGAUGUGCACGGCAGGAUUAAAGCAGAGAGGAGCGGCAAGGAUCUGGACGACGACGACAUGACGGACGACGACAGGAAGGACGAUCUGCUCGGAAAUCACAUGCACCACAUACUGGGCAACACGUUCGGUCUGAAGCCCGAGAUGAAGUCGUCCGACUGCGGCGUCCCACUACCUCCAUCCAAACCAAAAAUCUGGUCUCUCGCCGACACCGCAGCCUGCAAGACGCCACCACCGCCGCCCCCAUCGCAGCACCACCAGCAGCAGCAGCAACAGUGGCUGGGAGGCAACGGAUUCGCGCUGCCCACAUCGAGGUACGGCGGAGGCGGCGGAUUCCUUCCGAGCCAUUGUCAACAAGGAUUCCCGGACGUGCAGACCGAUACACCUCCGCAGACGCCGCCAAGCAUGAAACUCCCGAGCGUCGCUGGAAACCUUCUACCCGGCCAAGGACCGUGCAUAGGUGGAGUUCCCACAGUCAACUCCGGCUACUCGCAGGCCAGUUUCCUUGGUGGAUUCGGAAGGUUGCACUCGCCGCAGAGGCCGCAACCGCCUCAGGUACCGCAGAUGCCUGCCCCGAACUCGGACAACGCCGCAUUCAAACCAUUCUACAAGAGCCCUCAGAGUAUGAACGGCGGAUUCGUGUCACCCGUGUGAGCCGCUCCUUGCUGGACCGUGUCUCUUAGAUAAUCUACCUGAGGAAUAAAGUCUGGCUGUCCUUUGGAUCUUGGGCAAAGUGCAACAAAAAAAAAAAGAAGAAGAAGAAGAAAAAAAAAUUGAAUGAAGAAGAAGAAAUAGUUAAUAUAUAUAUGUAUAUUGUGUGAGUGCCGAGAACUCGCGUGCAAUCCGUUGUAAAUUUCGUGUAAAUGCAUUUAUUUAUAUCUGUGAUAACGAACAAAAUUAUUGU